GUUUCAUCCUUUUCUGAAUGGGUUGAAGGCAUCGUUUCCAACCCUGAUGGUGAUAACAUGACACCCGAAGAGGUCGUCGAGGCCUUCAAGGCGGGACACUUCAGCAGCCCACCGGAAGCUCGUAGCUUGUUGCAGAAGCGUGCCAGCUGCUAUGAGCAGCCUAACACUGACUGCCCUAUCUCUGACGCUGUUGCAUGCAUCAACACCGUCGCCCGUAAGAGCAAUUGCGAUGCUUAUCUGCAGUGCCAAAUCGGUGGUUGCGUGAUGACGACCGAUGGUAACCACAACUCCAAUUGUCACUUACACUGUUAUAGCAACGACGUCGCUCGUGGCGGAGGUUUUAUCCUGGAUCACUGCGUUGUCCCGAACUAUGACCGGGUAGAAGGGUCGGAAUACGCAUAUGGAAAUGGCGGCGAGCUUGUCCGGAUUCGAAGACCU